AGGUCAUACUACUAACUUUAGAGGGGUGCAGUUUUUCAUCUCCAUGAUGAAUUUAAGAUAAAACUAAAAGCCUUCGGUAGGUUUUUAGUUUUACAUUUAAAAUACUAAACAUAAAAACGUAAUUUCUGAUUUUUUUGUUUCCUUUUUAAAUAUAAUUUAAGAGACAGACGCCCCUAGUACUGGUGCUUUUGGUACGCUCCACUGUCAAAUUGAUUUCUCGCUGUUGGUCUCGUCUUUGUUGCUUUCACCGGUUUUGUUCCUAAAACGAGAAAAAACAACAUUUCAGUGGACUAUCGUUCUAAUCAUAUCACAACGAGAUGGAUGAAAGGCUCUAUGGAUCUUUGCCUCAUGCCCCCUCGGAAUACCUCCAACAAUGAAGUCUAAGUUGGACUGACAACUCAGUCAGUCCCUGUUUCAUUUCUGAACUAGGGUUCAGUCAGCUCAGCAGCAUCUGCAGACCCUUCAGGCUCAGUAUCCUCACAUGGCUAACGGUAAUGCUGGUUUUAUGAUGGAGGGACGCAGAGAAGAUGGAGGCAUGCAGCAGAUGCCUGUACACCCAGAGGAUGCCGCCCAACUGGAGCCUGCGGCUGCACAGAAAGCGCCUGCUAAAGGAAAGCGAGGAAGGCCAGCGAGCAAAGAACCUAAAGCCAAAGCCAAACCUGGACCCAAACCCAAAAAAGCCAAGGAGGCCCCAUCAGCUGAAGGACAGGAGAAGAUUGACGAAACCUUCAAGAAAGUCAAGAGGAAAGUCGAUCGCUUUAAGGGCAUGUCGGAGGAGGAAGUCAUGAAGAAAACACUGCCUGACAUUCUUAUCCCCAAUCUGGACUAUGUCAUUAUCGGAAUUAAUCCAGGGUUGAUGGCGGCCUACAUUGGAAGAUGGUUUCCUGGACCAGGAAACCAUUUUUGGAAGUGUCUGUUCCUGUCUGGAUUCACAGAGAAGCUGCUAAAUCACAUGGAUGAUCAGAGUUUGCCUGAGAAAUACAGCAUCGGCUUCACAAAUAUGGUAGCGAGGGCGACACCGGGAAGCAAAGAUCUCUCUAGCAAGGAGCUUCGAGAAGGUGGUAAAAUCUUAGUGGAAAAGAUAAAGAAAUUCAAGCCACUCAUAGCAGUUUUUAAUGGAAAAUGUAUAUAUGAAAUGUUCUGUAGGGAGAUAUUUGGGAAGAAGCCAAAAACACUUGAAUUUGGCCUACAGCCUCACAGGGUUCCUGACUCUGAGACGGCGUUGUACCUGAUGCCCUCCUCCAGCGCCCGCUGUGCUCAGUUCCCACGUGCUCAGGACAAAGUGCAUUUUUACAUCAAGCUGAGAGAGCUCCGAGAUCAGCUGAAGGGUGUUGCGAAGCCCAAGGAGAUCGAAGAAGUCAACUACUCAUUUGAUCUCGGCCUGGCCAAAGAGGACGCUAAGAGGAUGGCCAUCAAGGAAGAGCAGUAUGAUCCUGGUUAUGAGACCGCUUUCGGAGGAGCAUAUGGAGAACUCGCACCUGAAGGAGGCCAAAGCAAUGGAUAUUGUAGCUUCUCCACAUCUGAGGAGAAAGCUGACACAGUGGAGAAGGCGCCUACGGAUCCAAACGCGGUCGGACAGGUUCAGGACGGUCAGUGGAUGACGCAGUCUUUUGCCGAUCAGAUCCCAGCCAUCGGCAGCUCCUCUCAAGCCCAAAGCUGGGGUGUAUGAAGAAGGAGCGUUCUCAGGGACUUCAGACGAAGCCUGUCGGUUCCUGUGCUCUUCCAGAGAUGCUGUGCCUCUUAUCUACUCUCAGUCCAAUCCAGGAGUCUUUGGGGCAUUGGUUUCUUUCUCCUGUGCGUUGCUGUGACAAGUCUGUUACGUUAUUAUUUCAGGACCGAUUUGAGGAGAUCACAGUAUCAUGGAAGGUGGCCCAACUUG